AUGGAACAAGACCAUGUGAAAGAGCUGGAAGAAGUUGACUUGCCUACCAGUCAGCGAGUCUCUGAGGAUGCUGAUCAUAGUUAUGAUUCCAAGGCUUUCACGGCGCCCCCAGCAGAAGAAGCCGAGAAGACACCGGAAUCCCUUCAGCUAAAGCAACAAUUAAUCGAAAUAAAUCCGCUUUACUUACCCCACGAAUUUCGUUCCUUGCCACAAUCUUUUGAUCCCAAAGAGUACAACUUCCCACCCUCCUACACCGAAAAUAGUGCUCGAGAAACACGCCUCCUUGCCUACGCCGAUAAUUUUCGUCGGCAAUACGCCGGUCGCUUCCAUGACCGUACUCCACUCUUCCUCACUCCUCACAACGAAUGUGAUCUCCGCAAAUUCGUCUCCACUACUAUUCGACCCACAAAACUACCAUUUCCCGAGCUUCACGAGGCUUUAGGUGCUGCCGCAUUUGUGGCUGACUUUCUGGACUUUGCUCCGCUUCUCCCCUGUACCGAACUACCUCCACGUCUUCUUAGCCCAAGAACAACCCUUUUCCUUCAACUGGGUACCUGUUUCGACUACACCACUCUCCUUUGCUCCCUUCUCACCGGUGUGGGCUACAAUGCUUUUGUAGUGAGUGGAUAUGCAACACGUGAGUGCUGCUACAAGGAUGAGUCUCGAAAGCAGUGCCCACUACUUGUAAAACCACCAAAAUGUGUGGAAAUGUAUCAAGAACCACAGGCUGGGAGGUAUCAGGUCAAACCUGUGAGGAACUUUCUAUCCAAGUACGAAGUGACGAUGAGAGUAAAAAGACUUGUCGAAGCAGAAAAAGCGGCAGAAAAGAAGGUAGCGGAGGAUAAAAAGGCCCAAGAGAAGGCGGAAGAACCGAAAAAAGAUCCUCUUUACGGUUUGCGAGUUCACUCUUGGAUCCUAGUGCUCCCUGGAAGCAGAGAUGUUCAUGAAGCCUUUUUCAUUGAACCUUUUACUGGCGAAUCGGUUGCACUUGACACCGAUAUGUACCUGGGCAUCGAAAGCGUAUGGAACCACAACAAUUACUGGGUGAAUAUGCAAGACUGUACUAAUGGCAUCCAGGAAAUGCGUUACGAUCUAAACAACCUAGAGGACUGGGAAUUCGUCCUGCCUUCAGGGCUACUUAAUACAAUGUUGAUGGAAUCUGGGGACCAGUUAAUAAAUAUCUUCAAUGCAUCGAUGGAUGUCGCGGAGACUCUAGCAAACUAUAAUUUAGGAUUGGAUUAUGGUCUUCAAGUGCACGAAGACGAAUUGAAUGGAAAGGCGCGAAAGAAUGAGAAGAAGAAGAUGCAGGCGGAUCUCUUGGAUACGCUUCUUCUGGUUGAUAUGCCAAUGUCUUGGACUCUGCCGAUCACUCUUUCCAAUACUCAGUACUUCCAGAGGUAUCCCAACUUCCAGAAGGAGAUACUCUACAAUCGAGCCCGUGUGAUCAAGUAUACACCUUACUCUCAGGAGUGUGGGAUCGUUGUACGGUUGACUGUCUACCAAGAUCGUGACCUUCAAGACGCAAUUGAAGAGAGGGAGUAUUUUAAACACCGAAGAGACAGGUUAAAUGUACGAGUGACAGAUUUAAAGACAUUGUGGGUGAAGGAGUCCUUUGAUCAUGGCCGAAUGGGAUACCACCUAAAGGAACAUGAAUAUAUGUCAAAAAAUUUGGGAGCAGACGCCAAUAGAUGUAUGGAGUUUUACGAAAAGAUGAGAGUCGAUGGCCUGUUGAAGCGCCAACGAGAGGGUAAUAUCAUGAAGGAAUGGUACACCAAUCGCGAAGAUCGGUUAGUUUAUCGUGAAACGCAUUUUGGACGGACAGUGAGAAAGUUCGGUCCUCCGGUAAUUGUAAAAUCGUCUACUCAGCAUGGAAGUGUUGAUCCAAAAGUAACCAAGAAGAGUUACAAGGAGAUUGAAGUAAUAAAGGAGCGUUUUGCAAGGAAUCCCGAAAUUUCCGCAGAUGAGGACGUGGAGGAGCGGGUGUUUGACAUAGCUGGGGAAAAAUAUUUCCUCACUUACCAUGUCGCUGACGAAUGCAUCUUCCCUUGCAGACGGGAGUUCAACAAGCCUCCCGACAGUGGCGAUCGACGUCAGGUCAUUGAACUGCAUCCAGACACCCACAACUCAUUUCAUCCCAGUCUCAACCCACCUCGUAAGACCAAAGUGGAGAUUUACCAGAUGCUUCUCGAACUGAUUGAUCUUGAAAAGGUUGCUAAAGAGACCGUUAGGGCUUCAGAGAGCGAAGUUCAGGCAAUCCUGGACAAACGCGCUGCAGAAGAAGCUAAGCCCGAACUAGAAGUUGGUUUGUGGGACACUCAACGCAACUCGGAGAUACACAAUCUGCGUAUAGCACUGGAACAGCACGCCGAACAGGAGCGUCGAAAACAAAAGGAGAAGGAUCUCGAUUAUCUGGCGCCUUACUUCCAUAUGCACGAUAUAGACGGGGAUAAUCUGAGUCGAGAGGAUGCUUACGCUGUUCGAGAGGCCUGUCUACAAGAUCUGAAGGAGCGUCUAAUUAAGAAGGCCAACAUCAUACAAGCUCGAUUUGAGGCUGAGACGUCUGCGCUACAACGCAAACAGCAGUGGUUCCAGUUGAAUCAGAUCAACCUUACCAAGGAGGACGAAGCAGCCUACUUGCAGUACUGCAAUGACGCCAUUUUCAAGAUCACCACACUAGAGACCAUGCUGCUAAGGCAUAAACAGACCGCACCGCAGAAGUAUAUGCUGCUGGAGAAGCAGUUGCGAUCAGAUCCGCGAUUGGCGGAAUACUUGAACACAACUUGA